CGCAGCAUCCGCCGUAGGUGAUACCAGCACGAGUUUCCAAGUUUGUCUCUACUUCUCCUGCAUGCCGACUUGUGCCGGUAUCGUAUAAUAGAUCUAGGAUUCCGUCAAUCGGGGAUUAGGGCGUUAUCAUACUGAAAUUGAAUUGAGGAGAAGACAUGACGACCAGGAGCAGUACAGCGAAGAAAAUGGCGAACAGAGAACGGGUAGAUGACGAUGAUGAUUUCGUUGACAAGAUUCCAAUAAUAAAGACCAUGCAUUUAGUAAAGACAACCUCAGGGCGAGUGUACAAAAGGUUGUGUGAUGAAGAGGUUUUGGUCGGGAAAGCAGGGCUUAAGGUGACUUGCUUUUGUAAUGUGUGGGUGGGUGCAAAAAGUAUUCGAGAUGCGGUGAGUGCUUCAGAGAUGGCUGAAUUGAAGGAAUCUGCAUUUGGAUUUUUCUUCAAGCUUGGGGGAAUUAAAUGGGUGAAUGGUCAGCUGUUGAUUUUAUUAACAUUAAAUCAUGUGGAACCCAUUAACAGGUGUGGAGAUGUAGAUAGAAUUAAGUUUCACAUUGGAGACAGAAUUGUGGAGUUUAAGAAAUCUGAUUUUGCGUUGAUUACGGGGUUGAAGUUUGGAAAGGAGGCUGAGUAUGGGGAUACUGACCUGGAAAAGGCAAACGACAUCAGUACAAGGUAUUUCAAUGGGAAAAUGAGCGUGACACGUAUACAAGUGGAGAAUGUGUUCAACAGUAUCAAGAACAGCAGGGGUAGAGAACGGUUGGAUGCUGUUAAAUUGGCUUUACUGAACUUCCUUAUGAACCAUGUGGUGGGUAACCAGGGUUUGACAAAAAUCCCAGCGCUAUACAUGCAUCUUGUUGACGACCUGCGACGUUUCAAUGGAUUUCAGUGGGGAGAGCAUCUCUGGAAUGACAUGGUGGAAAGCUUACGAAAAUGUUCGUCAAUUCUCAACACGGGAGAACAUUGCCGUUUUACGUUUCUAGGCUUCUUAUUCCCACUACAGAUUUGGACGUUUGAGACAUUCCCUUCUUUGCGUGAAAAUGGAAUAUGCAUUGUGGGACAGAAGAGGAGCAGUUUGACUCCUAGGGCAUUACGCUGGGAGACGGGGAAGCGCCCGAUGCAUGACCUGCUAGAGGGCUCAAUUUUCGGAACAGAAGAGAAAGUGUUCAAUGGACAGAGAUGGCUGCUACGACAGCGGAGAAAGGGAAAGAAAAGAUUGCAAUGUUAUUCUCUGCGGGAGAUGCAAGUAAAGCUAAUAUUAACGAUGGUGGAGGAGAGCACGUUGAUGAAGGGCAAGGAGAAGGGAAAGGUUGUGAUCCGCAAGAAGACAAAAGGGCAGAAGACGGAUAAGAAAUCAGACGGGUCACGCGGAGGUACUUCAAGAGGUGCACCACAAGGGAGGCAAAGUGAUUUGGGAGAAGGUCGGGAGAAUGAACCAUCAUUGCGAGAUAUAAUGACGGCAAUAGUGGUUAUGGAAAAGAGAAACAUGAAGAUGCGCAUAGAAGUUACGAAGCUGCGGAUAGCUUUAAAUGCCCAGAGCCGUGUCCUUAAUAGGUUUAUAUCAAUGAACAGGAUGGGUAAGCGUUGGCGUAAGGGCAAAAAACGCACAACAGAAGAUAAUGCGAUGCCAAGCUUUGAUUUGGGGUUUGAGAGUGAAGAGAAGAAAGAUGCCACCGAACCUGAUGUUGAUGAUGACGUUUGGGACGAGGUAGAAGGCAGGUGGGUGAAGGCCGUAGAUACCUUGGGCCUAGGGAAACGUCCUGAGAGGAAUGUAGAGAAUGAGGAUUGCGGAAAAGGGCCGACGCACAUGGUGGAAGUCGACAUGCUCUUGGGUGAUGUGGGCACAGCCAUAGGUGUUGAGGAUGUGCUGCGUACUGGCGUGUAUCAAACCAAAGCAGCAUCUCAAGUAAACGGAGACAUGUCAGCUAUGAAUAUGAGUGGUCAGGGAAAUGAAAUUAAGGAAGAUGUUGCAGGGUUCACUGGCAAGUUCGAGACAGCAUCGCAAGUUAUACAGGGACAGGUAUUGAGGACGGGAAACGGCAUUGAUCUGCUAAGGGCCGUGUAUGAAGAGGUUCAGGAUCCUGAGGAUGAUGCUGAGGUGGUUGUUGAAGAACCAUCAACACAGAUUGUGGUGUAUGAAGCACCGAUUGCAAGUGAGACACCACCGGAAUGGAGGGCAAAGGAAAAGAGGCCCUUGAAGUGUCCAGACAGGUUCACUCCAGAUGAUUUAGCAGUUCAGCGUAAAAGAAAAAGGGUUAGAACAGAGGGUGUGCGUGUAACCCAUUUUCGGGGAGAUGAAGAUGAAUUCAUGGGUCCAUUCCCGUUAGACCCGAAGGGGAUGCCUGCUGAGGAGGCAUUAAUGAAGGUUGAGACGUUUAUGUACCAAGGACUUUUAAAAAACCACCUUAGAGUAUCGGGGCGCAAGUACCGGGCCCCGGAUGAUGUGCUUGACCCAAGUUUAUACAAGGGUCACUACGACGAGGAAGAGACACUAACAAAGACCUGGUACUACAACAUAUUUUUCCCCUGGGGAUGGCUUUCGGAUAAGCACCUAGAUGUCAUAUUCUACUACCUUAGAAUGAAAGGAGUAGAGUUUGGGAUGGAGCAGCGUUACACAACGACAGACACCCCAUUUCUUGCAUUGAUGAAGACAUUAUGUGCGAUGUAUAUGAAUAAGGAACUAACAAUUGAACAAGCAACGCGUAAUAAGUCAAGUUGUGGGAUGUUUGUGGUGAAGAUGGCUGAGUUUCUGAUGAUGGGGUGCGAUGUGGGGGAUAUGGAUGAUCAUGAAAUUGCUGCCUACAGGAAAAAGAUGACUGUGGAGUUGUUUGCAUACUCUGCCAUGUAAUGUUAAUGAAUUUGUGGUGCUUGA